GGCUGCGCCGCAGUGAGCGGGGCUGUGCCGCUCUCGCCCUAGGUAGGAUGGACCUGCCCCCCUGCCUCUGCCCCCAUGUCCAAUAAGAAGAGACCCGGCUUGACACCUGCCUAUAUACAGAGGAGGAGAGCAACAUCUUCAGCGCUGGGCUUUGGAGGGGGGGGACCAACCCAAAACACAACACAGCAUCAGGGCAGAGCGGGGGGCUCGGUGGUAUUAUAAAACCCCCCCAAGACUAUGACUUCCAGUAAAAUUGAGAUGCCAGGGGAGGUGAAGGCAGAUCCUGCAGCUCUGAUGGCAUCUCUGCAUCUGCUGCCUUCUCCCACUCUCAACCUUGAAAUCAAAUACACCAAGAUUUUCAUCAAUAAUGAGUGGCAGAAUUCUGAAAGUGGAAGAAUAUUCCCAGUAUAUAAUCCAGCAACAGGAGAACAAAUCUGUGACAUUCAGGAAGCUGACAAGGUUGAUACGGACAAGGCAGUGAGGGCAGCUCGGCUGGCUUUUUCCCUUGGUUCUGUUUGGAGGAGAAUGGAUGCCUCAGAAAGAGGCCAUCUUUUGGAUAAGUUAGCAGACUUGGUGGAACGGGACAGGGCAAUUCUUGCUACUAUGGAAUCACUGAACAGCGGCAAACCGUUCUUGCAAGCUUUCUAUGUCGAUCUCCAGGGAGUCAUAAAAACCCUGAGGUAUUAUGCUGGCUGGGCAGACAAAAUCCAUGGAAUGACCAUUCCUGUAGAUGGAGAUUAUUUUACGUUUACAAGACAUGAACCCAUCGGAGUGUGUGGACAGAUCAUCCCUUGGAACUUCCCCCUGCUGAUGUUUGCAUGGAAGAUUGCUCCAGCUCUGUGCUGUGGCAAUACAGUAGUUAUUAAACCAGCAGAACAAACACCACUCAGUGCUCUCUAUAUGGGUGCCCUCAUCAAGGAGGCUGGCUUUCCACCAGGAGUUGUCAAUAUUUUGCCAGGAUUUGGUCCAAUUGUUGGUGCAGCCAUAGCCUCUCAUGUUGGCAUUGACAAAAUUGCUUUCACUGGAUCCACUGAGGUUGGGAAGCUGAUCCAAGAAGCAGCUGGAAGGAGUAAUUUGAAGAGAGUUACACUGGAGCUGGGUGGGAAAAGCCCAAACAUUAUUUUCGCAGAUGCUGAUUUGGACUAUGCUGUGGAACAAGCUCACCAAGGAGUCUUCUUCAAUCAAGGUCAAUGCUGCACUGCAGGCUCACGGAUUUACGUGGAAGAAUCGAUCUAUGAAGAGUUUGUCAGAAGAAGUGUAGAACGUGCAAAGAGGAGAGUUGUGGGCAGUCCUUUUGACCCAACUACAGAGCAAGGUCCACAGAUUGAUAAAAAACAAUACAACAAGAUCUUGGAACUGAUUCAAAGUGGCAUCACUGAAGGAGCAAAACUUGAAUGUGGGGGAAAGGGGCUGGGAAGAAAGGGAUUCUUCAUUGAACCUACAGUGUUUUCCAAUGUAACAGAUGACAUGCGGAUUGCCAAGGAGGAGAUUUUUGGGCCUGUUCAAGAAAUACUGAGAUUUAAAACCAUGGAUGAAGUUAUAGAGAGAGCCAACAACUCUGAUUUUGGGCUGGUAGCAGCUGUCUUUACUAAUGACAUAAACAAGGCCCUGACAGUCUCUUCAGCAAUGCAGGCUGGGACAGUCUGGAUAAAUUGCUACAAUGCCUUAAAUGCCCAAAGUCCUUUUGGAGGAUUCAAAAUGUCUGGCAAUGGGAGAGAGAUGGGUGAAUGUGGAUUGAGAGAAUAUUCUGAAGUUAAAACUGUGACAAUAAAGAUCCCUCAGAAGAACUCCUAAAAUUACAGAGGACCGUAUUGUGCAGAAGAGCACAUGAUGCCACCUUCUCUAUUCCUUAUGGAGACCAGCACUCAGGAAUAAAAAGUGUUACACAAUAUAUAUUUAAGAAAUUAAGUUGCAACAUAUAUACUGGGCACAUAACUGAGUACGUAAUGCAAACCAACUUUGCAUGUUUUCAUAAAACUCUCCUGAGAAUCGUUACAUCUUUAUAAAACAAAUCUUAACGAGAUAAAAUUGCUACUGGGCAUCAUUUAAUAAUGGUUCCAGCUAUAAAACUGUUAAAUGCAAAUGCAUGCACACACACAUUUAUCUCUUCCUUAAAUAAACAAAAUAAGUCUUACUGCUUUCAGGUUGCCUUCUCAAACAGACCUGCCUUGUACUGACAUUGUAGUUUCAACCAGGGCUCUACAACCCAGAUUUUACCCAGAACACUAGCAAUGAACAACGCAAACAAGUGUCAUUGAUGUUCUUAAAAAAUAAAAGACUCUGAAUGGUAAUGGCCUCAAACCUGGCAUAGUGGCAACUUUCCAAUUAGCACGCCCACAGAAAGAGGUCAGACUGGGGAGGGAAUCAAUCUGCUGCAUGGCCAAUGAAAGCCAAAUACUUAUCAGUGAGAUUUGGCUUUCAUGGCUCGCAGCAAUUUGGAUUUCAAAGCUUAUUUUCGUAAUUACUUUAUGUCUUGCUAUAAGCAAAAAGUCCUCCUUCACUCACAGGAACCUGAAGGGAUUUACCUGCCUGCCAAAAGAGCAAGGCCAGACAGGGUGGGUGGGUGUUAACGAGAACAGGAACAGAUUCCAAGGCUUCACAGAAUAUUUUAGCUUUCACUGCUUGUCUAGUUUUGUUGUUGUUACUGUUGUUGCUUUCACCUUUUUUUCUUUUUUAAACAAAUAUAUGCACGCACAGGCUCCAUUUAUUUGUCUGCUAUUAAACUGCCUGUGAUUACACUGGGAAUCAUUAAGUACUUGUUACAGCUUUUACUAAAUGAUGUCUUGCCAUCCUCACCAUGCUUGUGCACCACAGAUGAUGUUACUGGCUGGUACUGAACUUUCAAUUAUUUGGGGUUUUUUGAUCCAGGACAAAAAUAUAAGAAAGUUCUUUCAGAAUUGAGGUGUUUACAGCCUGUCACAUUAUUACCUGCUGCCUACAAAAUCUCUUCAAAUCUAUCACUGACAAACUAAACACUAUCUUUUUUCAGCUGCAGAACUCACCAAUUCCCCAGAUUCUUUUAAAGAGGUUUCAUUUAUGUUUUAACUUAGAAUUAAUAAAAUCUAUUUUAGAAGUACAAUAAAUAAUCCACACAGUGUAGCUACACGAUCUGAGGUGUAAGGACAGAAUUACAGCCUCAGGUGUAAGUUUUCCUACCUGCAGAGUCUGUGCUAUGAACUGUUCAAACUCCAGCCCUGAUAAGAAACUAACUUCUGCAUGUUCUUAACUUCCUUUAGUCUCUGAGGAG